AUGGAGCCAACUCCUCAGAGUCAACCUCAAGACGACGAGCGACCGCCGUCAAUUGUCUAUGGGCCAUCGCAACCGAUACCACUUACCCUGACCUUCAGCCAGCUUUUGGAUUACCACGUCGAGGUCAAUGGCGACCGACCAGCAGUCAUAUCACAUCCUCAAAAUGGAUUGACGCUAUCUUUUCGCCAAUUACGCCAACGGAGUAUUCAACUCGCCCGAGCGAUGUCAAAAGAUGGCAUUGGCAAAGGAGACCUGGUAGCCAUCUCUCUGGGCAGUCGAACGGAAUAUUUCGAGACUUUCUUCGCUGUAGCGAGACUGGGUGCAGCUCUGGUGUUGCUCAACUAUGCGUACGCAGAAUCCGAGAUGUUGGCGUUGCUGAAGAUUGUUCGUACGUGCUUCCAUUGCUUUGAUCUGAAAAUGGGCAGCUUUUGAUUAAUCCUAGGGCCAAAGAUGCUGGUAGCCUCGACCGGAUUCGCCUACUACGAUAACACCAAAGUGCUUCCCAAGAUCGCCGCCGAGAUACCCGACAUCGAGAAGUUUGUCAUUAUGGAAGAUCUCGAGAAAAAAUACCAGCUCUCUCCAAGCGAGCCACUGGAAAGAUCUGAGGGAUACGAAGAAUACAUCCAGCAAUUUGAGCCAACCGAAGACGUUUCAUCAUUACCAGAGGUCUCUAUUUCUCCACACGACAUGGUGAAUGUUCAGUUCACGUCUGGUAAGUUAGUCAAUGGGAUUUGAGCUCUGGCUGUACGAUUGCUUACCACUUCGUUGCUCAACAGGCAGUACUGGUUUGCCCAAAUCUGUUGCCCUAUCACACUACAACAUCAUGAACUGCGGACGAUAUAUCUGGCAACAAACGAGAAUGACUGAACAAGAUCGAAUCUGCUUACCUGUCCCGUUGUUCCACUCUUUCGGCAUGAUAGUCGGUAUGUUGAACGAAUCAGGUCUGAAUUUCCUGCUCAGCUAACAGUAUGCUGCAGGUAUCAGUACCAGCACCGUUGCCGGCUCAGCGCUUGUCCUACCACACGAGAUCUUCAAUUCCAGAGCGACAUUAAGAUGCAUAGAACAAUACAAAUGCACAGCUAUCUACGGCGUACCUACGAUGUUUGUAACAGAGAUGGAGCAGAAGGAAUUCGAUUCCAUCGAUCGGUAAGUUGGCUUCCAACAGCGGUCAGAUUCUCCGAACUAACGAAGUCUCCUCUUCAGCUCUACAAUCAAAUUUGGCAUCAUAGCAGGCGCAGCAAUGCCACCCGAGCUGCUCAAACGCAUCGUCACCAAGUUCCCAGUACCGCGCCUCUACACCUGCUGGGGCAUGACCGAACUCAGCUCCUUCGUGACCAUGAUGCACGAAACAGACCCCUAUACCAAACGAAUCAAAACAGCCGGACGCCUCUUCCCUCACUUCGUCGCCAAGAUCGUCGAACCCAACACAGGCAAAGUCUUACCCUGGGGCGAGAAAGGCGAAAUCGUCGCGAGUGGAUACGGACAAAUGUCUGAGUACUUGAACAACAAAGAGAAGACCGAGGAAACGUUGAAAUACCACGUCGAAGAUCUGGAACCCGGCGGCGUGGGCGCCCUAGAUGGCGAAGGCAGAAUUUUGCGGAAAUGGAUGCAUACGGGCGAUGAGGGCUAUCUCGAUCCAGAGGGAUACUUUGUCAUUUCCGGGCGGAUCAAAGAUCUGAUCAUCCGUGGCGGUGAGAAUAUCUCACCGAUGGAGAUUGAAGACCGCAUCAUCGAGCACGAAUCCGUCGCUCAGGCAUCGAUCGUAGGCGUUCCCGAUGAGAAGUACGGCGAGGAGCUGGGAGCGUUCGUGGAGGCCAGGGAGGGGUAUGCGAAGCCGACGGACGAAGAGCUGAGGGUGUUUGUGAGGGAGAAGUUGGCGAGGUUCAAGGCUCCCAGAUACUUCUUCUGGCUGGGCAGUGGAGGACAUGUGCCCGACGAGUGGCCCAAGACCACGAGCGGGAAGAUUUCGAAGCCGGAUUUGAGGAAGUUGGUGGAGAAGAUAAUCGAGAAGAAGUAG